CUUCGUAGCUAAGGUCGUAGCUUCCGUUCAUCCAGGUGUCUGGGGUUCGGAGGUUGAAUGUAAAAAGGGCAGCAAGGUCCCCCACUCGCGUCCUGAGCGCCUUCCCUCAACGAUUUCUUCUCCCUCUUCGUUGGGUUUCUCCCUCAGCUUCCUCCCAGCAUUUUGAUUCUCUUCUCCUUUGAGUCCCCUCCAUCUUGACAUACACGGGCUUCAAACCGAAAGAGAUCGCGAGAAUGGGUGGCGGAGGCGAUGCCGGCGCCGGCGGCUUUUACGAUGCGGCCCUUCAAAAGCGCCAGGCCAUGAUGGGCAAGAGCGGCCCAUCGGCAUUGAUCAAGAACUUUCGCGUUUUUCGGGUCGCUGCAUUUGCCUGCAUUGGCGGCGUGCUGUAUGGAUACAACCAGGGCAUGUUCUCAGGUGUACUGGCCAUGCCUUCUUUCGGGAAGCACAUGGGCGAGUACACAACGGACCCGUCGAAGAAGGGAUGGCUCACCGCUAUCUUGGAGCUUGGUGCCUGGAUCGGCACUCUUCUCUCUGGCUUCCUUGCCGAGGUGCUCUCAAGAAAGUACGGGGUGCUGGUCGCGUGUGCAGUGUUCAUGAUCGGCGUCAUUGUGCAGGCAACGGCGAUGUCAGUUGGGCAUAAUGCUAUCUUGGCUGGGCGAUUCGUAACUGGUAUGGGUGUCGGUAGCCUCGCUAUGAUCAUCCCUAUCUACAACUCCGAAGUAGCACCUCCAGAGGUUCGUGGGGCUCUGGUGGCAACGCAGCAGUUGGCUAUCUGCUUCGGUAUCUUUAUCAGUUUCUGGAUCGACUACGGGACCAACUACAUUGGCGGCACCGAGCUCGAGACGCAGAGUGACGCCGCCUGGCUGACUCCUGUUUGCUUGCAACUUGCUCCUGCCCUGUUGCUAUUCGUUGGCAUGAUCUUCAUGCCUUUCUCACCGCGCUGGCUGAUGCACCACGGGCGGGAGGAGGAAGCGCGCAAGGUGCUUUCCGAUCUCCGUGGGCUGUCGCCUAACCACGAGCUCGUUGAACUCGAGUUUCUUGAGAUCAAGGCACAGUCAUUGUUUGAAAAGCGUACCGUUGCCGAACUCUUUCCCGAGUUGCGCGAGCCAACAGCAUGGAACAUCUUCAAACUGCAGUUUGUCGCCAUCAAGAAGUUGUUCCAGACAAGAGCCAUGUUCAAACGCGUCAUCGUAGCCACCGUAACCAUGUUCUUUCAGCAGGUGAGACCCAAUUGUCUAGAAGUGAAAGCUGACAUUGAUGCUGAUGAAGAACAGUGGACUGGUAUCAACGCCGUUCUGUACUACGCUCCCUUCAUCUUCCAGGAUCUGGGCCUCAGCAACACUACCACAUCGCUCUUGGCAACCGGUGUCGUUGGCAUCGUCAUGCUUCUUGCCACCAUUCCCUCCGUCCUCUGGAUUGACCGGGUCGGCCGCAAGCCGGUGCUCACGGUUGGCGCCAUCGGAAUGGCCACUUGCCACAUCAUCAUCGCCGUCAUUGUGGCCAAGAACAUCGGCCAGUGGCAUGAGCAUCCCGCUGCAGGCUGGGCUGCCGUAUGCAUGGUGUGGUUGUUCGUCAUACACUUUGGGUACUCAUGGGGACCCUGUGCAUGGAUCAUUGUCGCUGAAAUUUGGCCGCUGAGCACUCGGCCGUAUGGUGUCGCCCUGGGUGCUUCGAGCAACUGGAUGAACAACUUUAUCGUCGGCCAGGUGACGCCUGAUAUGCUGGAAAGCAUUCCCUAUGGGACUUAUAUUGUCUUUGGCUUGUUGACAUAUAUGGGCGCUGCCUUCAUCUGGUUCUUCGUACCCGAGACAAAGCGCUUGACUUUGGAAGAGAUGGACGUCAUCUUUGGUUCGGAAGGCACCGCGCAGAGCGACUUUGAGCGUAUGGAGGAGAUUAAUGCCGAGAUCGGUCUUACGCAACUCUUGCGCGGAGAAUAUGUGACACCCGGCGGGGAUUCUGAGAAGUCCAAGGUUGGCGACCACACCGAAAGUGUUUGAACAAGGAGCCAUACACUUGAUCUUCUUGGUGCAUACAGACUUAUUGGGUUAUGUUUUGCAUAUGGAAAUAUUGACUAUGAAGAGAUCUUUGAACACUUAUCCGAUGAACCGGAUUGACCUCGACUUUUUCCAGGGUCUGAAACCAUCCUCCAGAGCAC